AUGGAAAUCGAUUCGUCAUCUGUGAUCGAAUUCAUUAGAAAAGAAUCCCCAGAUUGGGACGACGAAGUGAUCGCCACGGCCCGGUUCAAGGCAUUUAGCGGGCAGAGAUCCGAUUGGGAACCCAAAUACCAGUUUUGGAGGGAAUUGAUUCUCAGAGUUGCCCGCCAUUUCGGCAUCUUCAUCAUUCAGCCUCGCCAGGUGAAAAAUGAGUGGUUCAAUCGAGGAGGAAUCACGCCUCUGUGCCUCGACCAUGUACUCUCCUUAAUGCACAAUGAAGGUGAUAUUGUUCCGAUUUGGAGUCUCGUGGAUCCAAGGAGCUGGCGAGUGUCGCAGUUGUUUAGAAAAGUGAGGAAUGUGAUGGGCAGAACGACUCUUAAUGUGGAUAUAAUGCUCGAAGAUCGUGUCGUUAUUGUAGCAUUGGCCAAGGAUAGAGCUACAGAAGUUAUCAGUCUUUUAUCCGAAACCCAUUGGACAUCUGCGUGUAUUGUGACUAUGAAGAAGUUCCAAGAUAUGUGUGGUGGACCAAAUGAAGGCUCGGCUGUCUUAAGUUGUUUAACUGUAGAUGGAAAAGCGCGGUACCUUUCCACGACUAGCAGAAAGGAAUUUGUAGAGGGAAUCAAGGUUUCACUUUCAACUGAAGCUGCAGCUCCCAUUUCUAGUUUGGAUUAUGAUGUUCUGCAAUUGAUUUGGACAGCAGAAAGGCUUCAGCAACAAAUUUCUGUGAUUGAUCAGCGCUACAAAACGUCGAAAGAAUUGGCGUUGGCUUCAUUGAAGUCUGGAAACAAGAAAGCUGCCUUGAGGCAUGCAAGGGAAUUAAAAAUGGCAUCGGUUAGUGGAGAAAAGUGUGUUUCACUUUUAAACAGAGUGGAGGAAAUCCUUGAAGUUAUUGCUAAUGCAGAGUCCACCAGAAAGGUAUCUGAGGCCAUCCAACUAGGAGCUCAGGCGAUGAAGCAAAAUAAAAUAACAGUGGAGGAGGUUGAGCUAUGCUUAGAACAAGUUGAUGAGGCAAUCCAUUCAAAUAUGCAAGUUGAAAAAGCUCUAGAAUUGACUCCAUCUUACACUGGUAUUGAGGAUGAAGAUGUUGAAGAAGAGUUGGAGAAAUUAGAACUUGAUAUGAAAAGAGAACAUCAUAAUGUUCAAGUUCCAAUAGCAAAAGCGGGUACUGCGGAAUCCGCAGAUUCAUUGAGCGAUGCUUUGUCAAAUCUCAAGCUUCAGGAUGUUCCAGCCGAGGAAGGUGCAAGUCAGGGUUCGGCAGCAUUGAAGCAAAUGAGCAAAUCCCAAAGCAAAGCACUUGAAGCAGCGUGAUUUGAGCAUCACUGUUGUACUACGUGUAUAAACCGUGUUCAGUUGUGCAUAUUAAUAGUAGUUCUAGUUCUGCUAGGUUCCUUAUCCAUUGUCUACCAUUAACGAGCUUGUAAAUUUUCAGUAUAGGACUGCAUAGAUUGAAAUCAUAGAUCAUGUCAGUCAGUCGAAGAACUAUCUUUUUUUGCCUUCAAUAUUCAAAUGGAUACCAGCACAACCGUGGAUUCAUAAGCGGGCAUUCUCUAAAUCUACAAGCUUUAGCAUGUUCCAGCCAUGGAUGGUGUGGAAUCAGCGUUCUGCUGCCUUGAAGAGGAUGAACAAAUACCAAAGCUUAACACUAUAUCAAGAUAAGUUGAGUAUGAUCUUCUACAAUGAGCCUUUUUUUUCCUAUGUCGAACGAGCUUGUUAGAUUUACUUGCACUGAGUCUUAUACAUCAACGAUAUUGAUACAAUAAACUAGCUGCUCUAACUUGUAUUUUGCCAGAGAUCGUGGCCAUCUUGAUUGUUCAGAUUCUGAGAUGGUAGGUCUCUGUCGGGGCAAAGAAAUGCAGUCCUGAACAAGUCUUUUAUAGGUCUCU